CAUUUCUAGGAAUAAGCUCAGCGGCAGAAAACUUCGGGAAUUAAAAGCUGCACCGGGGGGGAGAGGAGGUCAUUAAACUCAGCCUCCCGGCUACACGGUCGCAUUCUACAUGUCCACUGGGCUGCCCGAGACAAAUGAAAGAGGACGGGGCCAUGAUCACAGCCGCAGAGUACGGGGAAACGUCGUGGGAGCUGUCCGUGCAGGUGGAUCAAAAAGACGGCGACGAGUCCAUGAAAUUCAAGCUGAGGGUGAAGGGAGACCUGCACAUCGGGGGCCUCAUGCUCAAGCUGGUGGAGAAGAUCAAGGCUCCUCAGGACUGGUCCGACCAUGCCCUGUGGUGGGAGCAGAGGAAAUGCUGGCUCCUCAAGACCCACUGGACCCUGGACAAGUAUGGAAUCCAGGCCGACGCCACGCUGCGCUACACGCCGCAGCACAAGCCGCUGCUGCUGCAGCUCCCCAACAUGAAGACCAUCAAGAUGACCGUCAGCUUCUCCAGCGUGGUCUUCAAGGCGGUGGCGGAGAUCUGUCAAAUGCUCAACAUCAGACGAUCGGAGGAACUGUCCCUGCUGAAGCCUCCCGACGACCCCUCCAAGAAGAAGAAGAAGAAAGACAAGAACUCGGCGCAGGAAGACAUCUGGGACAUUGAUUUAUUCAGCGGGGGACCGGGGGGCACAGGCCCCAUGUACAGUAAGACCAUGACAGCCACCUACGACCCGGAGAACGGGAUGCCGGUGUCGGCCACCAGCCUUUGGUUCGGGGAGAACCCGCUGGCCGACUCGCAGCCAAACCUGCCGCCCGCCGAGCUGGCCAAGAUGUACCAGCAGCUCUCGCCGGUGGACAAAGCCAUCAACAACGCGGGGUGGUUGGACUCGUCCCGUUCCCUGAUGGAGCAAGACAUCCUGCACGAAGAGAAGCUGCUGCUUCGCUUCAAGUACAACGUCUUCUUUGACCUCAAUCCCAAAUACGACGCCGUCAGAAUAACCCAGCUGUAUGAACAAGCUCGCUGGUCCAUCCUGCUGGAGGAGAUAGACUGCACGGAGGAGGAAAUGCUGAUGUUCGCUUCAUUACAGUAUCACGUCUGUAAACUGACCAUGUCGAGCGAACCGCUGGACCACUCCAACGAGCCAGAAAUAGACGAAGUCGAGGCCGCCCUGUCCAACUUGGAGGUGACGCUCGAGGGCGGACUGACCGACCGAAUUCUGGAAGACAUUACAGACAUUCCAGAGCUGGCAGAUUCCCUCCGGCUGUUUAGGCCCAAAAGACUCACGCUGCGGCCGUACAAAGAGUACUGGUUCGUAUUCAAGGACACCACCAUCUCCUACUACAAGAGCAAGGAGACCUCCAGCGGAGAACCCAUGGAGCAGUUUCACCUCCGAGGUUGUGAGGUCGUCCCCGACGUCAACGUCACGGAGAAGAAGUUCGGCAUCAAGCUCCUGCUCCCGGUCGCCGACGGGAUGAACGAGGUGUACAUCCGAUGUGACAACCAAACGCAGUACGCCAAGUGGAAAGCCGCGUGCAUCCUGGCCUCCAAGGGCAAGACGAUGGCCUACAGCUCCUACAAGUCGGAAGUGAGGAACAUCCAGUCCUUCCUGCAGAUGAAGAGCCUGGCGCCCCCUGCUGGCCAGGCGGCUCCAGACCUCGACGCCAUGGAGAUGAACGCCGAGUGUUUCUUCUCCCCGCGAUACACCAAGAAGCACAAGACCAAGCAGCUGACAACGCGCAUCCUGGAGGCCCAUCAGAACAUCGCGCGGCUGUCCCUGAUGGAGGCCAAGAUGCGCUUCAUCCAGGCCUGGCAGUCGCUUCCGGAGUUCGGCAUCAACUACUACAUCGUCAGAUUCAAAGGCGGCAAGAAGGAUGAGAUUCUGGGGAUCUCUUACAACCGUCUGAUCCGUAUGGACAUGUCCUCCGGGCUGCCCGUCACCACGUGGAGGUUCGCCAACAUGAAGCAGUGGAACGUUAACUGGGAGAUAAGACAGGUGACCAUCGAGUUCGACCAGAACGUGUCGAUGGCCUUCUGCUGCUUGAGCUGCGACUGCAAGGUGGUCCACGAGUUCAUCGGCGGUUACAUCUUCCUCUCCACGAGAUCGAAAGACCAGAACGAGACGCUAGACGAAGAACUGUUCCACAAACUGACUGGAGGCCAAGAGUGAGGGAAGAGGAAGACGCGUCUUUUCCUUCAUUCUCCCAGUGCGGCGUUCGUCUACUGCAGCGAUUGGCAGCCCCGAAAGCGCUGAGCCAAUCACGGCCAAGGACUGUGUCAUUCUGUAUAUAACGACAAAAAUUCCUUUUGUCGUUAUAAAUCCUGCUGUGAACAGUUAUAGCCGUCUUACCCUGCACUAAAAAAUAAUAAUAAUAAUAAUGGCGUUGGUGUAAAUAUUGCAAGUCAAGAUUCUCUCAAAAAACUUGGAUCCAUUGAUAUUUUGUAGGAAUUACGCUUUUUUUAUUAUUUUAAAAAGGUGAAGAGAUGCCCUCGUAUAAGACAGAAACUAAUUUUGUAUAAAAUCAUUAAAAGGGUGUUUUUUUGUUGUUUUUUUAAAAUGUAUAUCACAACUUGUUUUUGUUCAUUUCGGGUUUGAAGUUAUCUUAAUUCUUGUACUGCAAUGAGCUUCGAUGCAUAUCAUGAAGGAAUGCAAAUUCACAAAAAUAUUAUAUUCCGUGCUUAAAGAACGCAGGCAGGGAGUUAAC